CCCAAGUGGUGAUGCUGGUGCUGCCGCCGCCUGGACUGCUGAUACUCUAGUGGGGCUGGAAGGGUGGUUCCUUUUUGCACCAUCGCCAGCCAGAGACUGAGGGCGAAAAAAAAAAAAUCCCAGCAGCCGCUGCUGAUGUUGGGUUCGGAGGCUGCGUCCGACUCGGUCACAAGGAAAAUGGAUUCAGUUUGCACCUCUCCCUCCUUUCAACAGCUUCUCCGGGUCUCAGCAUGGGCUUCCAGGGCAGCGGCUAAGGAGACCUUACCAAGGACCACCACGCAGUAGAUGCUGAAACAUCGCACUCCGGGAUAAGAAACAGGAACAUGGCAGCACCCGUGUGAAAGGACUUAAAACCCAACAGACUCCAUUUAGAAAGGAACGAUGUCCAAGAAAGGGCGAAAUAAGGGCGAGAAGCCCGAGGCGCUCAUCGUCGCCCUUCAAGCUGCCAAUGAAGACCUCAGGACCAAGCUCACAGACAUCCAGAUAGAGCUGCACCAAGAGAAGUCCAAGGUAUCGAAGCUGGAAAGAGAGAAGACUCAAGAAGUCAAGAGGAUCCGGGAGCUGGAGCAGCGCAAGCACACCGUCCUGGUGACCGAGCUCAAAGCCAAGCUCCACGAGGAGAAGAUGAAGGAGCUGCAGGCCGUGCGGGAGAGCCUCAUCAAGCAGCACGAGCAGGAGAUGGCGAGGACAGUGAAGGUGCGGGACGGGGAGAUCCAGAGGCUCAAGUCGGCGCUGUGUGCCCUCCGGGACGGCAGCAGCGACAAAGUAAGGACAGCGCUCACCAUGGAGGCCCGGGAGGAGGCCCGGAAACUGUUCGAUGCGGAGCGCAUUAAGCUCCUACAGGAAAUUGCGGACCUGAAAACGGCCAAGAAGCAGGUGGACGAGGCCCUCAGCAACAUGAUCCAAGCGGACAAAAUCAAGGCCGGGGACCUGAGGAGUGAGCAUCAGUCCCACCAGGAAGCCAUCUCGAAGAUCAAGUGGGAGUCCGAGCGGGAUAUCCGGAGGCUGAUGGAUGAAAUCAAAGCCAAGGACAGGAUCAUCUUUUCCCUGGAGAAGGAACUGGAGACUCAGACAGGCUAUGUACAGAAACUCCAGCUGCAGAAGGAGGCUCUGGAUGAGCAGCUCUUUCUGGUCAAGGAAGCUGAGUGCAACAUGAGCAGCCCGAAACGAGAAAUUCCGGGGAGAGCAGGCGAUGGCUCCGAGCACUGCAGCAGUCCUGAUUUGCGGAGAAAUCAAAAGAGAAUAGCUGAAUUGAAUGCCACUAUAAGAAAAUUAGAAGACAGGAAUACCUUGCUUGGAGAUGAACGAAAUGAAUUGUUAAAGCGCGUGCGGGAAACCGAAAAGCAGUGUAAACCUCUCCUGGAAAGGAACAAGUGCCUCGCCAAGAGAAACGACGAGCUGAUGCUGUCCCUGCAACGCAUGGAGGAGAAACUGAAAGCCGUUACCAAGGAAAACUCCGAAAUGAGAGAAAAAAUAACAACCCAUCCACCCUUGAAAAAAUUAAAAUCUCUGAAUGACCUCGAUCAAGCUAAUGAAGAACAAGAGACAGAGUUUCUCAAACUUCAGGUCAUUGAGCAGCAGAACAUUAUUGAUGAGCUCACCAGGGACCGAGAAAAGCUCAUCCGCAGAAGAAAGCAUAGAAGAAGUUCCAAGCCAAUUAAGAGGCCUGUUUUGGACCCAUUUAUUGGUUAUGAUGAUGACUCCAUGGACUCAGAGACAUCAUCCAUGGCCUCAUUCAGAACAGACCGAACACCAGCUACUCCCGAUGAUGACUUAGAUGAAAGUUUAGCAGCUGAAGAAUCUGAGCUACGAUUUCGACAACUAACAAAAGAAUACCAGGCCCUCCAAAGAGCAUAUGCCCUCCUGCAGGAGCAGACUGGAGGCAUCAUCGACGCUGAAAGGGAGGCCAAGGCUCAAGAACAGCUCCAAGCAGAGGUGCUAAGGUAUAAAGCCAAAAUUGAAGAUCUGGAAGCGACUCUGGCUCAGAAAGGGCAGGAUUCACACUGGGUAGAAGAUAAACAACUUUUCAUUAAGAGAAACCAGGAGCUUUUAGAAAAGAUAGAAAAGCAGGAGGCAGAAAAUCACCGCUUACAACAGGAACUGCAGGAUGCCAGAGACCAGAAUGAACUGCUGGAGUUUCGAAACCUAGAGCUAGAAGAAAGAGAGAGACGGUCCCCUCCAUUUAAUCUACAAAUUCACCCAUUCUCAGAUGGUGUGAGUGCUCUCCAGAUCUACUGUAUGAAAGAAGGUGUCAAGGAUGUGAACAUCCCUGAUCUCAUAAAGCAGCUUGAUAUCCUGGGGGACAAUGGGAAUUUAAGAAAUGAAGAACAAGUGGCCAUAAUUCAGGCCAGCACUGUGCUGUCCCUGGCAGAGAAGUGGAUCCAGCAAAUCGAAGGAGCAGAAGCUGCCCUGCACCAGAAAAUGAUGGAAUUGGAAAGUGACAUGGAACAAUUCUGCAAAAUCAAAGGCUAUCUGGAGGAAGAACUAGACUACAGAAAACAAGCUCUGGACCAAGCAUAUAUGAGAAUCCAGGAACUAGAAGCUACUUUGUACAAUGCUCUGCAGCAAGAAACUGUCAUCAAGUUUGGUGAACUGCUGAGUGAGAAACAGCAAGAGGAGCUGAGGACGGCGGUAGAGAAGCUACGGCGGCAGAUGCUGAGGAAGAGCCGAGAAUAUGACUGUCAGAUCCUUCAGGAGAGAAUGGAGCUCUUGCAGCAAGCCCACCAGAGAAUCCGUGACUUAGAAGAUAAAACAGACAUCCAGAAAAGACAGAUAAAGGACUUAGAGGAAAAGAGUAACCGAAAACACGGAUAAAACCCCAGAGAGACAAAUGCUUCUAAACCUUCAAAGAUGGCAGAAAUGUUUACAGCAGUGAGAGAGAGAUCAAAAGCUAAGAACUACCCUGUAGCCAGGACUACAACUGUGUAUUUUAAAGCCAUUAUUCAAGGUUUCUUACUUGACAGUUCCUACAUGACCCUGGUGAAAAUCUACAAUAUAUGCUGCAUUUAAUGAAACGUGUACAUGUCAAGCCAGAAGAAAAGAACUAUAAACAUAUAUUGUGAAGGCAAAAAACAAAUCAACCAUGGAAACAGAUUCAGCAGAUCACACAAAGAUGUGUCUUGGGCAUGGAACCAAAGUUACAAAGAACCAUUCUACCCCUGCUGUGCAGGGGGGUCAUUUUAAUGUAACACCACACCCCAUGGAAACACUAGUCCUGAAAUAAACAUCAUUUAAAAAAAAAAAUCAAAACAAACAACAGAAACUAGGGUGGGUGGGAAUGAAGCACGAGGAAUACCUAUGAGGAGCUAUUUACAAUAAAAUGUUUCAUUUGAAAAGUC